UCUUCCGCAAGAAGGUAAAGUCUUCAAUAUGUCAAUACCCAUGGAAAGCUUGUUUCUCUACUUGCCAAUCUUCUUGGCCCUGUAUGUGGUCACCAAGCAUUUGUUAAACAAAAUCCAGAACCUCCCACCAAGUCCAUUUCCUUCACUACCCAUCAUUGGCCAUCUCUACCUCCUUAAACCACCCAUGUACAGAACUCUAGCGCAGAUAUCAAAACGAAAAGGUCCCGUAGUCCUCCUCCAAUUUGGGUCUCGCAAGGUCCUCCUCGUCUCAUCACCAUCGGCUGCUGAAGAAUGCUUCACAAAAAACGAUAUUAUUUUUGCCAACCGACCUCGCUUGCUCAUCGGGAAACAAUUGGGCUACAACUACACUAGUCUCGCUUGGGCUCCCUAUGGUGAUCACUGGCGAAACCUUAGACGAAUUGCGACCCUUGAAAUCUUGUCCGCUGCUCGCCUCCAAGUAUUAUAUAGUAUACGUAUUGAUGAAAUAAGAUCACUUAUCCACAGGCUUUUCCUUAAACAAUUUCAAUCUGUUGACCUUAAGACCAUGUUUAAUGAGCUGACAAUGAACGUCAUGAUGACGAUGAUCGCUGGUAAACGAUAUUAUGGUGAGGACUUGACAAAUUUAGAGGAAGCGAAUAUGUUUAAGGAGAUCCAAGCGGAGACUUUUAAGGUUAGUGGCACGACAAAUAUAGGAGAUCACUUGCCGUGGAUUAAAUCAAGAGAGCUAGAGAAGAGGCUGAUGGAGUGUCGCAGGAAGAGAGACGAAUUCAUGCAGGAAUUACUAGAAGAGCAUAGAAAAGAAAAGGGAACCUAUAUUUCUGCUGAAAAGACGAAAACCCUGGUUGAGUUUUUACUGAAGCUGCAAGAAACAGAUCCUGAGUACUACAAAGACGAGAUCAUCAAAGGCCUCAUGAUGGUUCUGUUAAUAGCAGGAACAGACACUACAACCAAUACUAUGGAGUGGACAUUUUCACUUUUGCUAAACCAUCCAGAAAUCCUGAAGAAGGCCCAAACAGAAAUAGACAACCGCGUGGGACAUGGCCGCCUGCUCGAUGAAACUGAUUUAGUCCACCUUCCAUUCCUUCGUAACAUCAUUAAUGAGUCGUUGCGCAUGUAUCCGGUAGCCCCAUUACUAGUACCUCAUGAAUCAUCAGAUGAUUGCAAAGUAGGGGGUUUCCAUGUACCACGUGGCACAAUGUUAAUGGUUAAUAUGUGGGCCAUACAAAAUGAUCCGAAGAUUUGGGUGGAUCCAAGAAAGUUUAAGCCAGUAAGAUUUGAUGGGGUAGAGGGGGGAAGAGAUGGAUUCAGAUCAAUGCCAUUUGGGUCAGGGAGGAGGGAGUGUCCUGGAGAAGGGCAGGCUUUGAGAAUGAUUGGGUUAACAUUAGGCUCACUGAUUCAGUGCUUUGAAUGGGAAAGGCCUAGUAAGGAGAUGAUUGGCAUGAGAGAGGGGAUUGGUUUCACUAUGCCGAAGGCCCAACCGCUAAUUGGUAAAUGCCACCCACGUCCUACCAUGCUUAAACUACUUUCUCAAACCUAAACCAGGUAAAAUGAUUGUGGCUUUAGUCAAUAAAUGUUGAAAAAUAAAAACAGGGAUGUAUGUUAAGCAUUACAAUGAUGAAAUUCUUCAAUUUUUUUGACA